AUGGAAGUAUCUGAUAUAAUAAAUCAACCAGACCAUGAAGGUCGAACAGCUCUUUCACUCGCUGCAAUGGCUGCUCAUACCCAGAUAAUCGAAUCAAUUGCACCGAAAAUCACCGAUUGGAGUCAGAAAGAUCCAGAUGGAACUCCUCUUAUCCAUACUUUAAUUCUUUCUAAUCUCAUAUACGUAGCCGAAGUCUAUCUGACGCAUGGUGGAUCAUCAUCUGAUUCAGAUGCUCACGGAAGAACAUGUGUUCAUGUCGUGUCGUCAACGAAUGAUGUAGCUGCAGCGAAAAUGUUAAAACGGAUCGGAGGAGUGAACUUUGAAGCAGUUGAUAGAGGUGGAAGGACUGCUUUGAUGACUGCUGUCUGGUCGAGACACGUGGCAAUUUCUGUUUUCUUGUUGGAUUGUUGUGCUGUUGAUCCGAAUCGAAUUGAUCGACAAGGUGCAACUGCUCUUUCAAUAGCUGCUCAAAUCGGAGAUCGUGACCUUGUAAAUCUGCUUUUGAAAUUCGGAGCGGAACCAAAAAUCAAAGAUUCAAUGGGAAGAACAGCAAUGGAUGUUGCCUUGAUAUCUGGAAAUGAUUCGAUUGUUUCUCUAUUACAAACUGCAAAUGGUUCAUCUGGCUCAUCUGGAAUCGGAAGUAGUGUUCCAAACAGUCCAAUGGAUGCAAGUAAACAAAGAAUUCGUCAGAUAAGAGCCACGUCAUCGUUGAGAAGUCAACGGAUUGAUAAUAAUUUCAAAAACACGACAUCAUUCGAUGUGACACGAGAAGAAUGCGAGUCCCAACGACGUGCAACUGUCCUAUUCAUUGUCUUCUGUUUGGUUCGACUUAUUUCGAAUAAAUUCGAAGGAUUCAUUGGAUCAAAAUUCCUGAAAACGUGUUCAGUUCGUGCAACUUUUCCCGGACGCCAUUUCGGCGCAGCACUCGGUUUUCCAUUUCUCACAAGAUCUCUCUCAAAUAGUAUUCGAGUAGCAUCUGCACCUAUAUUCCUUGUCAUUAUAUUUGCUUCAACCUCGAUUGCAUUCUAUCCUUACGCGAAAGAUUUUGCGAAGUUGAGCAGAUUGAUUUACAAUGCAGUUCAACGACGACACUAUCUUUAUAAUCGAUCCAUGAUCUACACCUUUAUCUCCAUUUAUUUCUAUUUUUCGACCGUUCUUGUGAACAACGAGGAUUGUUUUAUUCAAUUGAAUCGAAUGAGAUGUAUCACAAAUAAGGAUUGUCCACAAAUGUCAACAGCCUUCCCACUCGAUGCAACACCAUCUAAAACGACAACAAUUCAACGAAGAGCAUUCGAAGGAAGAAUAAUUCAAAUAAGACAUUAUAGAGAAUUAGAUGACAUUCUACCAUGUAAAGUAUCAACUCAAGUUCGAAAAGUAUCCACGUUCUCAUCGAGACCUCCGUCAUAUUGUGUUCCUCCGUUACCAAGAGAUUUACCCUCGACUAUUCUCGAUUUGGAAUGA